AUGGCGGCCCGGGGACUGCGCCGCCUGCACACGGACUGCGUGGAGAGGCCCCUGUCGCGCAUGCUGCGGGACUUAGGCGGCUUGGUGGGCGCGCACCCGUGGCCCUUCCUGCUCGUGCCCUUGGUGCUGACGGGCGGGCUGGGCGCCGGCUUCAAGUACCUGCCCCGCAACGACCUCGGCGACCUGGAAGGCAUGUACACGCCCAUCGGAGGCCCCGCCAAGGCGGAGCGCCGUUUCGUCCUGGCGCACUUCCCGACGGACGACGCCGCGCGCUUCUCCCCGCAGAGGCUGAGCACCGAGGGCUCCUUCGCCUCCUUCAUCGCCGUGGCCGACGGGGACUCGCUCCUCACCCGGGAGGCCUUCGCCGAGCUGCUGGCCCUGGACGCCGCUUUCCGGAGGAUCGCCUUCGGCGGCGUCUCCUUCGACAGCCUUUGCGCGCGCAUUGGGAACGCCACGUGCAGCAGCCCCAACCCGCUGCUCAGCGCCGUGCAAGGCGACCCGGGCAGGAUCGAGGCGCUGCUGCCUACCCUGACUUUCCCCAUCGCCGAAGGCGGCGUUUUCCUCGGCCCCUUCCUGGGUGGGGAGAAGCUGCUUCCCGGAGUUGGCCCGGCGCGCCCCUUGCGCGCGGCCAAAGCGAUGCGCCUCCUUUAUUUCUUGCAGAAUGACGUGUCUUCGAGGCGCGAGGCCAGCAAGAUCUGGCUGAAGGCCUUUCUGAAGCGCAUCCCCGGCGUGCUGGACUCCUUAAAGUUCAAAUUCAUCCGGGUAAGUGGCUUUCUUCCAGCCGCUCCUAAAUUGACACUUGUAGGAGGGUCCUCUGAAAUGAAACUCAUCUUGGGAAAACUGGGCAAGUGAAUUUAUUAUUAUUAUUAUUUUAGAUCGCCAUGCAACACGCUUUAAUUUGGAAUUAAGUUGCCAUGUUUUGGAGCUCAUCAGUAAUCACACACACAAAAAUACUAUGAAGGAACGAGCAAUAAUAAUAACUAUUCAUUUUAUGAUUAUUCUUAGCCCUUGAGAACAUUAAGCUGUAAAUUAAGAGACAGAUUAUUUAACACUCUAUGUUCUUCCUUCUUUCCCCACCCCUAACCUGACAGGUAUUCUAUAUUUCCUCAGUAUCAAAAAAAGAAGAACUGGAAAAACUUACUGGCAAAGUGAUCCCAUUGGCCACUAUCGCGUAUUUUUUAACAAUAAUCUUUACAAUUGUAUCAUGUGCAAGGUAACUUCUCACCCCAUAAUUCUUGGGAGAGGGAGGGAACCAGGGCCGUAGCUAGGGGUGGUGCAAAAUAGGCUAAAAAUGUGUCCAUAAAUAUAAAUAUUGAUUAUUGCCUUAUAAGAAAUGGUUUUAAAUAAAAGGUGAAUUGAAUGGGUGGAAGGGGGCGUUGGAGAGAGGUGGAAAGAAGAGCUAAUUUGUCCAUGGCUAAGGGGUGCAAUCUGGACGGUUCUGUCAGGGGCGCAAGAUCACCUAGCUACGGCUCUGCAGGGAACAUCCCUCUUUUUCAACAUGGGCAAAUCUUUAAUACGCAGGAGGGAGCAAAUUGGCACAUGUACCAUGAAAUGCCAUAUUCCACUAGAUGCUUUUAAAUCUGUUUUCCAUGCUUUUUGGGUGUCUACUGGUCAAGUUUCUACAGUGUAGACAGAGCGAAGCCCACACAUAGACUGAAGAGACGGUGUUAUCACUACCUAGAGUGGCUUUUGAUCAUUGGUACACUAAACACAUGCUUAGUCUGCUUAUUGGGUAAUCCAGUACUGAUACCUCUGCCAGUUUCCAUUUCUCAAAGGGCGUAAAUUGGCACAUACACAUUGAAACUCUGAAUCUUGAUAUGUUCUUCUUUAUCUGCUUUACAGGAUGGAUUGUGUACGGACAAAAAUUUGGGUUUCAUUUUUUGGGGUGAUGUCAGCAGGAUUAUCAGUCGUCAGCAGCUUUGGAUUACUGCUGUUUUGUGGAAUGCCAUUUGUUAUCACGGCUGCAAAUUCACCCUUUCUUAUACUUGGUAAGUGGGCAAAUGUAUGCAUUCCUCAUGCUCUAUCCAGUGGGCUUUUGAUGAGAAUAUCUAAAUAUGAAAGAGAACUUUCACCCAUCUAUUAUUUUCCUGAACUGUGCUAAGAAUUCUAGUUUCUCUAUGGCAGAGCUUUCCAAAAUUUUCAUACUUGUAACACACUUUUUAGACAUGCGUCAUUUCGUGACACAGUAAUUCAGUUUGACUAGCAAACCGUAGGUUAAACUAACCCCUUUUCCAGUCCCUGGAGGAGCACUGGGAGCAUUUGCACGGCACACUGCAACCAACACACUAACAUGUCGCGACACACAGUUUGGAAAGCUCUGCUCUAUGGUGCUCUGUCAUGGUUAAUCUUCUUAGGCUACGGAACAGCUGCAUAUUCCUGCAUUGCAGGGGCUUGAACUAGAUGAACCUCAGGGUCCCUUCCAGUUCUAUGAUCUGCACUAUGAUCAGCUAUAUCCACUUACUUGGGAGUAAGCUGCAUUUAAUUUAGUGAGACUUACUUUUGAGUAGGUGGGGCUGUGGGUUAAACCACAGAGCCUCGGACUUGCCGAUCAGAAGGUCAGCGGUUCGAAUCCCUGUGAUGGGGUGAGCUCCAGUUGUUCGGUCCCUGUUCCUACCAACCUAGCAGUUCAAAAGCCUGUCAGAAUGCAAGUAGAUAAAUAGGUACCGCUCCGGCAGGAAGGUAAACGGCGUUUCCGUGCACUGCUCUGGUUCGCCAGAAGCGGCUUAGUCAUGCUGACCACAUGACCCAGAAGCUGUACACCGGCUCCCUUGGCCAAUAAAGCAAGAUGAGCACCACAACCCCAGAGUCAGCCACGACUGGACCUAAUGGUCAGGGGUCCCUUUACCUUUACUUUUGAGUAGAGAGGUAUAGUAUUGCACUGUAAGGUUCCAGUUGUGUGCACCAGAGUGGGGAACUGGUAGAACACAGGCUGGGUGUAUCUGUCUAGCUCAUGGCAUCCUGUCCGUAACUACAGUGAAGUCUGGAGGAAAGCUUGCCAUUGUCUCCAACGGAAGUCUUUUGUUAUUAAGGCAUCACAGGGCUCUCUGUUUUAUAUAUAGAAUUGCAAUAUUAAUAUAACUUACUAAUCUGUAAAUAAAAAAUGACUAGGUGUGUUCCUCUUGUAUAUAUCUAUAUAUUCACGUUUCUCCUGUGGCAUGUUUGCAACUGGCAUGAUCAAUAGUUCCUGUUCUUCAGGGGUUGGUGUUGAUGACAUGUUCAUCCUGGUGUCCUGCUGGCAGAAGACUCAAGUGAAGAAGAGUGUCAAAGAUCGGAUGGCUGACACCUACGCAGAUGCAGCUGUUUCUGUUACUAUCACAACACUUACCGACGUUUUAGCCUUCUACAUUGGAAUUGAAAGUUCCUUCAUGUCCAUUCGGUCAUUUUGCUUGUAUACAGGCACAGCCUUUCUUUUCUGCUACGUCUACAACCUGACUUUCCUUGGGGCAAUUAUUGCUCUUAAUGGCCGAAGAGAAGAAAGCAACAGGCAUUGGCUAACGUUCCAGAAAGUGAUGGAUAAGCCUCAAGAUUCGAAGAGCCCUAUGUAUAACAGGUGCUGUAUAGGAGGGUUUAUUGAUGAGUCCACUGGAGCAGAGAUUGAGCAUCCCAUGAAUGGCUUCUUUAAAAAUUACUAUGGCCCCUUCCUGAUGCACACCUGGACCAAGUUGUUUGUGACAGUCCUGUAUCUGGCAUACCUGGUAAGUAGUAGUUAUGGGUGCGGACAACUUAAAGAAGGAAUAAAUGUCCGAAAUCUAGCUGUAGAUCGUUCUUAUGUCAUUCCAUAUUAUGACCUGGAAGAAAAAUAUUUUUCUGAGUAUGGCCCCAGGGUCAUGGUUAUCGUUACGGAAAGCAUACCGUAUUGGAUUUCAUCUGUCCGUGCAGAUCUUGAGAACUGCAUGCAAUCAAUGGAAAAUCUAUCCUAUGUGGACAAGGAUCUUUCAGAGUCAUGGUUGAGAACUUACGAAACUGUUGCAAAAGGCAUUUCUUCAAAUUUAAAUGACCAAAGUUCAUUUAUUGGCAAUUUAUCAGCCCUGUUUAGAGUACAUCCAGAAUCUGAGUGGGAUGUUAAUGUUAGUGCUAUGGAAAUUCCAGUGUCACGAUUUUUCGUACAGACCAUCAAUAUUACCAAUGUAGAGAAGAAGAAGGAACUUUUAAACCAGUUCAGACAGCUUGCAGAGGACUGUAAGUUACCACUGAUGGUUUAUCAUCCAGCUUUUAUAUACUUUGAUCAAUACAAUGUAAUAAUUAAGAACACCAUUCAUAGUGUUUUGAGCGCUGCUGGUGCCAUGUUAAUUACUUCCUUGCUGCUCAUCCCCAAUCCUCUUUGCUCCCUGUGGGUAACCUUUGCUAUUACCUCUGUUAUUGUUGGUGUGUCUGGUUUCAUGGCCUUUUGGAAUGUGAGCCUUGACUCCAUAUCCAUGAUCAGCCUUGUUAUCUGCAUAGGGUUUUCAGUAGACUUCUCAGCCCAUAUUUCCUAUGCCUUCAUUGCCAGUGAGGAACCCAGAGUGAACGACAAGGCAGUGGAAUCUCUCUACCGCCUUGGUUACCCUGUCUUACAGGGUGCUGUUUCCACCGUUGCGGGUAUCCUGGUGCUGUCCAUGUCAUCCACUUACAUCUUUAGAACUUUUUUUAAGAUAAUGUUUCUGGUUAUCGUGUUGGGACUCGUUCACGGUCUCGUUUUUAUUCCUGUGUUUUUAACAUUCUUUUUUGGGGAUAUUAUUCCUUAA